AUGGCAGGCGGUGGAGCUCCGAAGGCAGAAGAGCCAGCGCCACAUCCACCAAAGGAUCAGCUUUCAAAUGUUUCCUACUGCAUUACCAGUCCUCCUCCAUGGCCUGAGGCCAUCCUUCUGGGGUUUCAACAUUACUUGGUGAUGCUGGGCACAACUGUUAUCAUACCUACUGCUCUGGUUCCUCAAAUGGGUGGAGGAAAUGAGGAGAAAGCAAAAGUUAUUCAGACUUUGCUCUUUGUUGCUGGUGUUAACACCUUGCUGCAGACAUGCUUUGGGACCCGAUUACCUGUCGUGAUUGGAGGGUCGUACACCUUUGUGGCGCCCACGAUAUCAAUUAUCUUGUCUGGUCGAUGGAGUGACCCAGACCCUAUAUCGAGAUUCAAGAAGAUAAUGCGAGCCACCCAGGGUGCACUUAUUGUUGCCUCGACUAUUCAAAUAGUCCUAGGUUUCAGCGGUCUUUGGCGUAACAUCACAAGGUUUCUGACUCCACUUUCGGCUGUUCCCUUGGUUGCUCUUGCUGGUUUUGGGCUCUAUGAAUUCGGUUUUCCUGGGGUUGCCAAAUGUGUUGAAAUUGGAUUGCCGCAGCUCAUCAUUCUAAUUUUCUGUUCUCAGUAUUUGGCCCAAUUUAUACACCGAGGAAAGCAUAUCUUUGACCGUUUUGCUGUUAUAUUCUCGGUAGUAAUUGUGUGGAUUUAUGCAUAUCUACUUACUGUUGGUGGGGCCUAUGACAACAAGGCGCCGAAGACCCAAGCAAGCUGCAGGACUGAUCGUGCUGGACUUAUUAAAGGUGCUCCAUGGAUAAGAGUUCCAUACCCAUUUCAAUGGGGAGGGCCUUCCUUUGACGCUGGUGAAGCCUUUGCCAUGAUGAUGGCUGCAUUUGUUGCUCUUGUGGAGUCCACUGGUGGCUUUAUUGCAGCGUCAAGAUAUGCCAGUGCAACCCCCUUGCCGCCAUUAAAAAAAAAAAGAAAAGGGAAAAGAAAAGAAAAAAGUACAAUACAGAAGAAAUUGAAGACAAAACCGAGACUUCUACAAGAAUUCUGUCAUUUGCAUAGUAAUAAUAAAGUGCCCUUUUGCCAAGCAUUGUUAUUUCUUUAUUUGCUUUAUAACCAUCCACAUGAACCCACGGCUUCUCCUUUGAAAUUAGAGGAAGAUAUGAAUUUAGCUCUAAAGGGUGUUGGUAUCUUAUUAUCAGGGUUGUAUGGAACUGGGAAUGGAUCAUCUGUGUCUAUUGAAAAUGUUGGCCUUUUAGCACUGACGCGUGUUGGCAGUCGAAGAGUUGUGCAGAUUUCUGCUGGAUUCAUGAUCUUCUUUUCCAUUCUUGGAAAAUUUGGAGCAGUUUUUGCUUCCAUUCCAGCACCAAUUGUAGCUGCUUUAUACUGCCUCUUCUUUGCCUAUGUGGGUUCGGCUGGUAUAAGUUUUCUUCAGUUCUGCAAUCUCAAUAGCUUCCGGACCAAAUUCAUAUUAGGAUUUUCCCUUUUUAUGGGCUUGUCCGUGCCACAGUACUUCAACGAGUACACUGCUAUUAAUGGCUAUGGUCCUGUCCAUUCCUCGGGGAGAUGGUUCAACGAUAUAAUCAAUGUCCCUUUCUCGUCCGAAGCUUUUGUGGCGGGUAAUAUAUUCGUUCCCACAGCAAGCAACGACGCUGGGAGGAAGACAAUCAGGUACGAGCCAAGGAUGCUCAGAUGGGAUCCAUUCUCACCUCCUCUUUACUUUCGUUCUCCUUAUCUGACUAGUCUCCUAUCUUGUCCUGAACAAGAAAAUGAAGAAGAUGGAGUGCCCGAAGCUGAAGUCGAAGGCAAGGCAGGACAGGAAAGUGAGGAUGUGCCAGAGGCUGUUGAUCGUAUUCAUGCAGAGUGCAGGGAGAAAAUUCAGCGUUCGCAAGAAAUUUGUAUUCACAAUCAAAGUGGAGGAAGCACAAAAGAUGAUAAGCAACAACGUCUAGCUGCUAUAUUUCAUGAUAUUUUCGGGGACUCUGAUAAUGAAGAGCAUGACAACAUAAAAGAUGUUAAGCAAUGUGGCAUUCGUGAUAUUUUUGGGGACUCCGAUAAUGAAGAAAAUAGCGGCACAAAAGAUGAUAAGCAACAUUUAGCUGCUGUGAAUCGUGAUAUUUUUGAGGACUCUGAUAACGAGGAACAUGACAACACAAAAUACGAUAAGCAUCAUUUAGCCAUUGUAACUCGUGAUAUUUUUGGGGACUGUGAUAAAGCAGAACAAGCAGACCAUAUAGCUCAGAAUCAGAAUGAUGACAAUAGACGUCGCUUGGACAAGGGAAAAUAUGUGAAAGAACGGAGCCCCGAAGUUAGGGUCCCUGAUGAAGAUGUGUUGUACGAAUAUGCAAAUGCUGAACGAAAGGAAAAGGCCACUGCCCUUUCGCCGAUGUUAGAGAUUCCUCGUAUUUGUCCCUUGACUGAUCCAGAUAAGAUGUAUAUGCUCAAACUCUCCAACUUAGUGGCCAUUGAUCCCAAACCAUUUGAUCCAAGCACAUAUGUUGAACAGGACUUUUUUGGGACAGACAAUUCUGGACAUAAAAGACAUAUCCCUCUCCAAAAUAUCGUUCGCUGGAGGACUGUCAGAAAACCUGAUGGCAGAACAUCUGGCCAUCUUGACUGGCUUCAGUUGAUUGCCCUGGACACGGUGAUUUCAGGGGAGAUGGGACUGCGAGGGAUUCUGUUUAGGAGGCGUAGAGAGGCAUGGUGUUGCAGGUGGAGGCCUGGUGGUAUGCAUUGCAGUGGAAGUGGGAUGAGGGUUGAGAGCAAUGCGCGAUUGGUGACUUGGGAAGAUGGAAGCUUACAAUUGUUAAUUGGAGAACAAGCGUUUAUGGUGUCUGAGCUAGACACAAGGGAAAAUCAGGCGCACCUUUUCCUGAGACAUAAAAAUGGAAUUCUCCAAUCACAAGGGAGAAUCUCAAAAAAACUGCAUUUUCUGCCGUCAUCUGAUUCUCAAUUCUCUGCUAUUCUUGAUGCAACAAGAAAUAAGAAUGUCAAAGUCAAAAGUUGCACUGCUGACGUCAUCUCUCAAUGGGAGUUGGAAAACAAAAAGAAGAUGGAGAAGCAGACAAAUCGACCUAAUAAACGACUUGGUCAGAAGGGCAAAAGGAUUCACAAAUGUGCACAAAUUGUCAACCGGGAACAUCAAGCGCCACCAGGUUUGCUGAAGGAUCUAAUGGAUAAUGAACAAGAUUUUCAUGAACAACAGUCUGCUGCACAGCACUUCAAUGAAAACAGAGAAAAUGAAGCUGGAGCGUCAUUCUUCACAUUUAAUGAAAAAAAGGCGAGUCAUUUAUGUUACAUACCCCCUAACCCAAUGGGACACUUUUCAGAUUCUGGACCAGAAAGUCCUCUGAAAUUAGCGUUGCCAGAUGCCAAAUCAUCUCAAGGUCCAGUAGACUUGCUUGGAAGUCGGAAAAUGGUGGAUAGGAUAAGUAAGAGGAAAAACUAUGGUUGUUUGUCAUCACAUAGAAGGUCUAAGGAGACAAAGCAGAAAUGA